CGAAAAGCUUGCCAUCGAAGGCGACCCUCAAUCAAUCGGCAGCAUCUUGACGGGAUUUACGCCAUCGAACUCUAUCUUUCGACACCUUGACAUUACUCUCAAUUCCCCUCCCCCUCCCGGGCCCUCGGACUCUCCAAGGUCAAGUUGCCAAGAUUUGGUGACCGUCGUCAAGUCUCGAUACAGCGCAUCGCUAGACGAGAUCAUCAUAAGGUGUAUCCCUUUCCAUUCCGUCGACAGCGCGACAGCGUCACCUCUUUUGCCUAUCGAACCGCUCCUCCACAUCCGCAACCUACGCACCGUCAGCCUCUUUAGUAGCCCCGACAGUGCACCGCCUAGCCCCUUCUCCGAUGACCAGCUAUGCACCGUGCUGACGGCCUGGCCGAACAUCGUCUCGAUGACUCUGUUGUGGGAGACUGCACCAGACCUACCGAAACCUUCUCUUCGGAGCCUCCUGGUCGUAGCGAAGUCGUGCCCGCAUCUGCGCAAGUUGCACGUCUCUUACAUGGAUAUGACCUUGACCUCAACCCUCGACACACCUCCGACCAUGUCGCACGGCUUGACAUCCCUCUUGAUCAGAGAGGGAAGUUUUUUGGAUUACGAAGACACCACGAUCGUGGACGCUGCCCUAUUCCUCAACCGCCUGUUCCCCUUACUUCGUGUGGAGAUGUGGCGACAUCAGCAUUUACUCAGCCAGUAUCAUCACCCCCAAGUUGACGCCGUGGCUAAGAAAAAACUGCGUGAUCAUAUCCAUACGUUUCGGACAGUCAGGAUGCAAGGAGGGUGUGUGUGGGAGGGCGAUGACUACCGGGAAUUGUGAAAACGUUGCGAUGCGUCGCGGUCAAUGUCGUGAAACGUGCGCGUCAGUCCAGUUGGCUAUGAUACAUCCGGUCUGAGGCAUGCAUCAACUCCACCUGGUGGGGGAGAUGCUCGACGCAUGGACUCGUUCUCGUGCCUCUGUUGUCGGUACGCGUGCUGUACUGGUCGGUAAUGGGAUGCGAUGUGAAGGGGGACGCUUGCCCUGCUCAAGACGUCGUCUUUGCCAGCCACAUCGAAGCCUAGUGUGCGCCGGUCUAGCUGGCAUUGAUGCAGCGAGGAUAGUUCCUUAGUAGACUGGUGUAAUGGUCGCGCGGAAGAAUGUUGCAC